CUACGCGCGUUUAACGCGGUUGUUGUGGAUGUUUUUGAAAAUAGAAUUUGAAAAAAUAGAAAGAAGUGUUUGAAAAAAAAGUUUUUUUUUAUAAAAAAUAAUAAAAUAUACAAAAAUUUGUAUGAGACUUAACUAAAAACCAACAACAACAAUAAUAGCAUAAGGGAUUAAUAACGAUCAUAAAUUAACAUAAGAGAAAAAGUUACGCACCUCUAAACAUCUCUUAAACAUGAGAGAAUUUAGAGGUUUUAUAGCGGUAAUACUGCUGUUCAACUACUCUUUUCUGCUUACUAAUGCCCACAUACGUUUGGAGUCUCCCGAGGAGCAUUAUAAACCUAUAUACAAACCUGCUUUUGUACGCUCGGCCAUAGAAAGCAUACCUGAAGAUGAGUCUUUGGAACCCUUAAGUCGUUUAAGUAUGGCUCCUACUUUUGGUGAAGUAUUUUUACCUUUACGUAGUGCUGUGGAAAGUGUACCCACUAUUAGUACUAGAUCGAUAGCGGAAUUGAAAGAAUCUUCUUCUUUGAGACAUUUCGUAAGAGAUGCAGUGGAAGCCUUUCCAGAAGAUGAAGAUGAUGAGUAUAUAGAAGAGGAGGAAUAUUCUGCUAGCAUAAGAGACUCUUUGGUGGCAGAGGCUAUGCCUGAAAAGUUAGACUUAGAAGAACCAGAACCAGAACCGGAACCUGAAACUGAUGCCGAAGUGGAGACAUUCCAGCAACCAGAUGCCUGGUCGGUUUCCGAUAAAUAUGCAGCCUAUAUAAUACCCAAUAAGAAUAAUGAUGAGGUAGAGCUGCUGCCAGAACCUUUUAGAUCAGACUCACCCUAUCAGCAACUCGUUAAGACAUCAGAGGUCUCGCAAAUCGAUCAUGAAUCUGUAGAAGAUGUUGCUCAGGUUAGAGAUAAACUUACGGCCUAUGGUGCCUUGUCCUAUGUACGUUCCCAAGAAGGGCAAGAAAGUGCCGAUGAUGUCGAGGACUUAGAGGAUACUAGACCUUAUGGCGCUUUAGCGCAGAUUAAAGACAGCAAACCGCCACGCAAAAAUUUCAAUAACUCACCCGAGGUCUUAUGUUAUAUCACCAAUUGGGCUUUCUAUCGCAAGGCUGAUGGCCAGUUUGUGCCCGAAUAUUUGAAAAAUAAAAAAUUAUGCACUAAACUUAUCUAUUCGUUUGCCUCCUUGGAUCCGGAUCAUUUAAAUAUCAAGGAAUUUGAUCCCUGGGUGGAUAUAGAUAAUCAAUAUUACAAACGUGUGGUGGAAACUGGCAUACCCGUGCUAAUAGCCAUGGGUGGUUGGACGGAUUCGUUUGGCGAUAAAUAUUCCCGUUUGGCUAAGGAUGAUAUUAAGCGUAAAGUUUUCGCCUCCAAUUUAGUGGGUUUCCUGCAGCGCCAUGGUUUCUCUGGUUUGCAUUUAGAUUGGAAUUAUCCUAAAUGUUGGCAAAGUGAUUGUUCUAAAGGACCCGCCAGUGAUAAGCCCAAUUUGACGAAAUUAUUACGUGAAAUACGUUCUGAAUUUGAGAGAGUAGAUAAGAAACUAAAACUGGGCGUGGCCAUAUCCGGUUAUAAAGAGAUUAUAAAUGAAGCCUAUGAAUUCCCGGAACUAUCGAAAAUAGUAGAUUAUAUGACGGUAAUGUCUUAUGAUUAUCAUGGAGCUUGGGAGAAACAAACCGGUCAUGUGAGUCCAUUAUAUGGUCGUAAGGGCGAUAAAUAUCCUCAGUAUAAUACUGACUAUACCAUGCAAUUGCUGUUGAAAUUGGGCGCCAAAAAGGAGCGUUUAAUAAUGGGCAUACCUUUCUAUGGACAAUCUUUUACAUUGGAACGCGAUAGCCAGCAAUUGGUGGGUGAGGCUACUGCAGCCAUAGGUCCUGGAGAUGCGGGAGAAUUUACUAAACAACCAGGCAUGUUGGCUUACUAUGAAAUUUGCCAGCGUAUACGCAAACAGAAAUGGUUGGUAGGACGUGAUACAGAACGCAAAUCCGGCCCUUAUGCCAUGUUCCGCAAUCAAUGGGUGGGUUAUGAGGAUCCUGCCUCCGUGGAGGCUAAGGCACGUUAUGCAGUUAAUGCUGGUUUUGGUGGAGUUUCUGCCUGGACUGUGGAUUUGGAUGACUUCCAAAAUCGUUGCUGCAGUGAAGCGUUCCCCCUACUCAUGGCUAUUAAUCGGGCUUUAGGGCGUGAGAAUAGUGAACCGCCUACGCGGGCCAACUGUGCCAAACCACCGGCUCCAGUUACACCCAUACCUCCCGUAAUGACAACGGUUAGUAGUGAUGGUUCCUCAGGAGGUGGUCUACACCAUGAACAUACCACCGCCAAUCCAGCUUGGCAGUCAUCGUCUACCACCUCUACCACUCCCAAAACUUCCACCAUAUGGUGGUCGCCACCCUCUAGUACCACCACCACUACAACACGCAGACCUACUACCACCAGCAAACGUCCUGCAGCUACCCAAAAACCCACCACCAUACCAGCACCCGCCGUAGUAAGACCUGUGGUCCAGGCCUCUAAUUGUAAAUCUGGCGAAUUUUAUCCCGAUCCUUACAAUUGUAAUGCUUACUAUCAAUGUAUAGUUCCGGGAGAAAUUAGACAACAGUUUUGUCCAGGAGGUCUGCAUUGGAAUGAUGGCGAUAAGAAUUGUGAUUGGCCAGCCUCGGCGAAAUGUAAGGUGAAAAAGAAGCCCUCUUCUACUAGUAACACAACUAAAGCUCCUGUCAAAACUACCACCACUACCACUCGUAGAACCACACAAGCACCCCCUAAACGUACCACCACCACUACGGCCACCUAUUGGUCUAGCUCAAGACCCUCUAAACCCAUAGCCACUACACGUAAACCUUCACCCAAACCUAAACCUCAACGUCCCGCCAUGAGUGCCAAAUGUAAUGAGGGAGAGUACUAUACCCACCGCAACUGUGGCCAAUAUUAUAUCUGUGUUAAUGGCGUCUUAGUGCCCAAUUCCUGUGGCGGUAAUUUACAUUGGGAUGGUGUUAAGAAAAUCUGUGAUUGGCCCGAAAAUGUCAAGUGUGUUACCACCCAAAAGUAUUUAAGAAUUGUGCAAUCUAAAGCCAAUCCAGAGGAUCCCUGUAAUGGCGAAGAAAGGGUACCCUAUCCGGGAGAUUGUUCUAAAUAUCUGUUCUGUUUAUGGAAUCGUUUACAGGCCGCCGACUGUGGUCCUGGUUUACAUUUUAACGCAGCCACAGGACAAUGUGAUUGGCCCAAUACGGCUAAAUGCAGCAGUGACUCGGCGGGAGGAGACACUAAUGAAAUUAAUCCGGUCAAACCCAAACCAGCACCCACUACGGCCAGACCCUCUACUACCUCCAUGAGACCUACUUAUCCCACCGAUAAACCAUCGUUGCAACCUUUAGAUGGUUAUUACAAGGUGGUGUGCUAUUUCACCAAUUGGGCCUGGUAUCGCAAGGGUUUAGGACGUUAUACUCCCGAUGAUAUUAACACCGAUCUGUGUACUCAUGUGGUCUAUGGUUUUGCUGUAUUAGAUUAUUCCGAAUUGAUUUUGCGCACCCACGAUUCCUGGGCAGAUAUAGAUAAUAAUUUCUAUACCAGAGUUAGUGGUCUAAAGAGUAAGGGUGUCAAGGUUAGUUUGGCUUUGGGUGGUUGGAAUGAUUCGCAGGGCGAUAAAUACAGUCGUCUGGUACGCAGUCCCCAGGCCAGAGCACGCUUUAUAAAACAUUCCUUGGAGUUUUUGCAGAAAUAUGGUUUUGAGGGUUUGGAUUUGGAUUGGGAGUAUCCGGUGUGUUGGCAAACCGAUUGUAAAAAGGGUAUGCCCGAUGAAAAGGAAGGUUUUACCGCCUUAGUGCGGGAACUUUCGGAGGCUUAUAAACCGCUAGGAUUAUUAUUAUCUACCGCUGUUUCGCCUAGCAAGAAAAUCAUUGAUGCGGGUUAUGAUGUUCCGGAAUUGUCGAAAUAUUUCGAUUGGAUAGCUGUUAUGACCUAUGAUUUCCAUGGCCAAUGGGAUAAAAAAACGGGUCACGUGGCUCCUUUGUAUUAUCAUCCUGAGGAUGAUUAUGAUUAUUUCAAUGCGAACUAUUCUUUGAAUUAUUGGAUAGAAAAGGGCGCCCCCUCACGUAAGAUAGUUAUGGGUAUGCCUUUAUAUGGUCAGUCGUUUACCUUGGAAAAUACCCGCAAUAAUGGCCUGAACGCCAAGGCUCCUGGUCCCGGUAAAGCUGGAGAAUUUACCCGAGCAGCUGGUUUUCUAGCGUACUACGAAAUCUGUGAUCGUGUUAAACAUCAAGGCUGGGAGGUGAUACAAGACGAACGGGGACGCAUGGGUCCGUAUGCGCGCAAAGGCAAUCAAUGGGUUUCCUAUGAUGACAAAGCCAUGAUACGCAAAAAAUCACAAUUGGUUAGAGCUCUUGAUUUGGGUGGUGGCAUGGUUUGGGCUUUGGAUUUGGAUGACUUCCGUAAUCGUUGUGGUGAGGGCGUACAUCCUCUGCUCACGCAAAUACAUGAUGUCUUAAAGGAUCCACCCACGGACCAUGAAACAACACCGGGUUUGACUCCAGCUUCUGAACCAGAAUCUGUAGAGGAAGUAGUAAACUCCCAGGAGAUAGUUUAUCCCAUGGAGAUAGAAACUGGUCCUGGGUCCGUUUCCAGCGAAACUAUUAAAGAUCCCAAUGAUGAUGUAGAGGAAACUGAGGUGGAAAUUGUGGCCACGGAACAGGAAUUGGAAGAGGGUUCUACCUCUAAUCAAGACUUUAAGGUUGUCUGCUAUUUCACCAAUUGGGCUUGGUAUCGUCAGGGUGGUGGCAAAUUCCUACCCGAGGAUAUAGACGACCAACUCUGUACUCAUAUAGUUUAUGGUUUUGCUGUUUUGAAUCGUCAAACAUUGACCAUACAACCCCAUGAUUCUUGGGCCGAUUUGGAUAAUAAAUUCUAUGAGCGUGUGGCAGCCUAUCGUAAAAAGGGCACUAAAGUUACCGUGGCCAUAGGAGGCUGGAAUGAUUCAGCGGGUGAUAAAUAUGCCCGCUUAGUAAGAAGUUCGGCGUCUAGGGCCAAAUUUAUACGUCAUGUUAUGGAGUUUAUAGAAAAGUAUGGUUUCGAUGGUUUAGACUUGGAUUGGGAGUAUCCAGUAUGCUGGCAAGUAGAUUGCAAAAAGGGUACUGCCGAUGAAAAGCAAGGUUUCUCAGAUUUUGUUAAGGAACUGGCGGAGGCCUUUAAGCCUAAAGGUUUACUGUUAUCGGCCGCUGUUUCACCCAAUCAAAAGGUGGUGGAUGCCGGUUAUGAUGUUCCACAGCUAACGAAAUAUUUCGAUUGGAUUGCUGUUAUGGCUUAUGAUUAUCAUGGUCAAUGGGAUAAGAAAACGGGUCAUGUGGCACCCAUGUAUGAUCAUCCUGAAGGUACCGAAGGUUUCAAUGCCAAUUUCUCGAUUAACUAUUGGUUGCAAAAGGGAGCCGAUCGUAGUAAACUGAUUAUGGGCAUGCCUAUGUAUGGUCAAUCUUUCUCCUUGGCGGAGGCUAAAAAUCAUGAUCUUAAUGCACCAACUUAUGGUGGUGGUGAGGCAGGAGAGGCCACUAGGGCAAGAGGUUUCCUGUCCUAUUAUGAAAUUUGUUCUUAUAUACGCAACAAAGGCUGGAAUGUGGUAAGAGAUCCACGUGGACGUAUGGGUCCCUAUGCCUACUUACGUGAUCAAUGGGUCUCGUUCGAUGAUGCCCCCAUGAUACGCCAUAAAUCGGAAUAUGUUAAGGCCAUGGGUUUGGGUGGUGCCAUGAUAUGGGCUUUAGAUUUAGAUGAUUUCAAAAAUGAUUGCAAUUGUGAAUCGUAUCCUUUGUUGAAAACUAUUAAUAGGGUCUUGAGAAACUAUCCAGGACCGCAUCCAAAAUGCACGUUGGAGACAAAAGAUAGAUUGAUGAUUGCUGGUUCCGCAUCCAAACCCUCGACACAGGCCGUCAAACCAAAACCUACCUCGCAAACCCAGGUGCAAUCACAACAAAUGCAAGCCAAACCCACAAAACCUACUCUGGGUCCAGUAAUAAAAGAAUGCUUGGGUAGAAAUUAUGCUCCUCAUGAGAGAGACUGCAACAAAUACUACAUAUGUCAAUAUGGAGAACUAGUGGAACAAAAAUGUCCCGCCGGUCUGUAUUGGAAUGAAAAUCAUUGCGAUUGGCCUCAGGCCGUCAAGUGCAUGGUAAGAGAUGAUCAAACUACCCAACGUCCGGUGGCGCCCAGACCUAAGCCCACUAAACCUGUGGCGACCACAAAGGCCCCAUCUAAAACUACCAAGAAACCCAUAACAUCUCCUCAUAAAAAACCGGUGGCUCGGCCCAAACCUACACCUUCACCACCUUUAAAUUCGAAUGAGCAAUAUAAGGUCGUAUGUUAUUUCACCAAUUGGGCCUGGUAUCGUCCGGGUCAGGGUAAAUAUGUACCAGAAGACAUAGAUGAAAACCUUUGCACCCACAUAGUCUACGGUUUUGCCGUUUUGAAUAGUAACGCCUUGACCAUUAAAACCCAUGAUUCAUGGGCCGAUAUUGACAACCGUUUCUAUGAACGGGUGGUGGCCUAUAAAAAGAAGGGCAUACGUGUUACUGUGGCCAUAGGUGGCUGGAAUGAUUCUUUGGGCAGUAAAUAUGCUCGCUUGGUAUUGGACCCGCUGGCCCGCAAACGUUUUAUAGAAAGUGUUUUGGCUUUCUGUGAGAAAUAUGGUUUUGAAGGUUUAGAUCUUGAUUGGGAAUAUCCGGUUUGCUGGCAAGUGGAUUGUUCCAAGGGUUCAGCAGCUGAAAAGGCGGCCUUUGCUGCUUUGGUACGCGAACUCUCGGCGGCCUUUAAACCUAAAGGACUUUUGCUAUCAGCAGCUGUUUCCCCUAGUAAAAAGGUCAUCGAUGCUGGUUAUGAAGUACCCACUUUGGCACGCUACUUUGAUUGGAUUGCCGUCAUGACUUAUGAUUUCCAUGGUCAUUGGGAUAAACAAACUGGUCACGUGGCUCCCUUGUACUAUGUAGAAGGUGAUGAAAAUCCUUAUUUCAACGGCAAUUUCAGUAUAAACUAUUGGAUAGAGAAGGGAACGCCUCCCGAGAAACUGGUUAUGGGUAUGCCUCUAUACGGUCAGAGCUUCUCGUUGGCGGACACCAAUGCCCGCAGUUUGAAUGAUAAAACUGUAGGUCCCGGACGUGCUGGUACUUUUACUAGAGCUGGAGGUUUCUUAGCUUACUAUGAAAUCUGUGAACAAAUUAGUAAUGGUGGUUGGACGGUGAUCCGUGAUCCGGAAGGUAGAAUUGGCCCCUAUGCCUAUAGUGGCAAUCAAUGGGUUUCCUAUGAUGAUGUCAAUGAUAUAAGACGUAAAUCGCAAUUUGUUCGGAAAAUGCGUUUAGGUGGUGGCAUGGUUUGGGCUUUAGAUUUAGACGAUUUCCGUGGCAGAUGCGGUUGUGGUAAACAUCCUUUGUUGCGCACUUUAAAUCAAGAGUUGCGUGGAAUUCCCGGACAGAGGGCAAAUGAUUGUACAUGAGAGAAGGAGGGAGAUAGAAAUAGAAAAUAGUUUAGUAUUGUGCCAAUAUAUAAAAAAAUAUGAUAAAUAACUCUGUUUUAUAAUUUUUUUUAAUAAAUUUAGAUUUUAAGUUAAAUUCGGUAAAGAAUUUUAAGCGAGAUAUAUAAGAAAAUUUGUACGAUUUAAUUUAAAAAUAGUUCAUAAAACGAAACGAUUUUAAAUAAAUAAAAUUAAAAAAUUAAAUAAAAAAUUAAAACAAAU